AUGGGGCAGAUGAGAACAAGAGUUUUCAGAUUUUGUUUUAGGAAAGUAAUUCAGUAUCUGUUCAGUACAACGAUCACAAUGAUGAAGAAUGUGUCAAUGUUGUCUGGCCAACUUAGUUCAAGAGAUGCUAAAAAUAAUGGCAAUAGUUACGAUAUUGUAUUUCCAGCUUUGCCAGUAUCGAAGACAUCAAAUAAAAUUGGGACUGUACCAUUUAAAAAACAGAAUAAUGUUAAAUCUUCAACGGUGAACGAAAUAAUUUCAAUACCUGCCCAAGACAGAAAUUGGGACAGGAAUAGUCAAUUAGAGCAUGAAAAAUUUAAGAAAGCAUAUAUAAAAAUUGGGAAAGAGUAUAAUGUAGGAAUAGAGAUUUGUAUUUCAAAAACCAUGGAUCUGACUUUACUAAUCAGCGGCAAUAGAGUUAAUGUUGAACGAGCAAAACAAAAGAUUAUCAUAAUCGAUCAAACUCAAAUUAAAACUACUACUAUACCGUUUCCAAAAGAACAUCGAAGUACGUUAUUGGGCAAACAAGGACUUAAUCUUAAAAAUAUUGAAAAACGUACAGGAGCACGUGUUCAAAUACCAUGCAUGAAAAAUUCAGCUGACAUAAUUUAUAUAACUGGAACAAAGGAUUCCACGAAAAAAGUAGUUCAAGAAUUGGAGGAAAUUAUAAUUAAGUUGAAAAGUAAAAUUGAAAAAGAAAUAACAAUUGAUCAACGUCACCACGGAGCGAUAAUUGGAUUCAAUGGUGAAAAAGUUCGAGAACUUCAGAAAAUAUUUAAUGUCAAAAUUAUAUUCCCAAGUCCAGUUGAGGCUAGAAAUAAUUUAGUUAAAAUACAAGGUUUGAACGAUGAUGUAAAUAAAGCAUUUAAAUCAUUAGCUGAAUUGGCCGAAGUAUUGAAUGAAAUCAACUAUGUGUUGGAAAUUCCUAUUUUUAAACAAUUCCACAAACUUAGUGCUGGAAAGAGAGCAAUAUAUAUUAAAAAGAUUAGAAAAGAGACUGAUACGAGAAUUUUUUUACCACGUGAAGGAGACAAUAAGGAUGUUAUUAAAGUCAUGGGAAAUAAAAGAAAAGUUUUAAUCGCUUAUGAUAUGAUUAAAGAAAUACAAAAUGAAAUUGGAGACAUAAUAACAAAGGAAAUGGUGUUGGGAAAUGUUAAAGUUAGAAAUGUCAUUGUAAAUCUUGGGAAUAAAUUCAUUCAAUCUAUAAAAGAUGAUUGUGGGGAUAAUGUGACAUUGAAUUUACCAACUGUUAAAGGAGAUAAUACUAUAGUUAUCAAAGGACCUGAAGAUGAUGUUAAAAAUGUUACUACACAAAUUCAGACAAUGGUUGAUGAAGUUCAUAAAUAUGUGUUUGAUUUGAAAGUAAAUCCGAAGUUUCACAAAUAUUUAAUUGGAACAAAUGGAGUCAAUGUUAAAAAGAUCAGACAUUUAACGAAUACAAGAAUAAUUUUCCCGCCUGAAACUAAUUCCACUAAUGAAAAUAUAACUAUUGUUGGUAAAAAAGAGAAUGUUAAUAUAGUAAAAGCAAAAUUUGAAGUUAUGAUAACCAAUAUUAGUAAAGUCAUCGAAGAACAUGUAGAAAUCAAUGAAAAGAAUCAUGGCACUUUAGUUGUCAAACAAAAAGAAUGUAUACACAAAUUGGAAAAUGAAUGGGGCGAUGUUAAAAUUGAAUUUCCUAAUAUUGGUGCUGGAGAUAGAGUUGUGAUCAGUGAUAGUAAAGCAGAUGUUGCUCUUUCUGAACAAAGACUUUCAGACCAUGCUAAAGUUUUGGAAAAUACUAUUCGAGCUGUAGUAAAUGUUGAUCCAAAGUAUCAUAAUUACUUUGUUGCAAGACGUGGUGAAAUUAUCAAUCGAAUUAUUAAUGAUUGCAAUGGAGUGUCUAUAACAUUUCCGAAAAUAGCUUCUAGUAAUAGUGCUGUCAUCAUAAAAGGUGACAAAAUAAAUGUUGAAGAGGCGAAACGUAAGAUUGAAGAAAUUGUUAAAGACUUGAAAAAUAUAAUUGAAGUGACUAUGAACGUUCCUCCAAAAUAUCAUGAUCAUUUUGUUGCCCACCACGCUGAAGUAAUAAAUCAGAUAAGUGGGAAACAUAAUGGAGUUACUAUUAAAUUUCCACAAGUUAAUUCCAAUUCUAGUCAAGUUUUGAUUAAAGGCCACAAGGAUUAUGUUGAAAAAGUUAAAAAUGAAAUCGAUAAUAUUAUUAUUGACUUGCGGCGUAGCAGUGGUGCAGUAGGUGCGACACAUCGAGGCCUUCGUGAUUUGGGGCCCUCAUUUAAAAAGAAAACUGAUAUGAACAAAAAUAGAAGCUUGCGUUAA